CUGUCCUGCCCCUCAUACCCUGGUCCUCGCUCUCUUUGUGAGCUGUCUGUCUGUGCCUCGAGCUCACCAACACCUGGCUUUUCCUGGGCCCCAGGAGCUCACCCUCCACCCUGUGUGCCCUGCAGGAUGCCGCAGCUGAGCCUGUCCUGGCUGGGACUCGGGCCCGUGGCAGCCUCCCCGUGGCUGCUCCUGCUGCUGGUCGGGGCCUCCUGGCUCCUGGCCCGCGUCCUGGCCUGGACCUCCACCUUCUAUGACAACUGCUGCCGCCUGCGAUGCUUCCCGCAGCCCCCCAAACGGAACUGGUUUUGGGGUCACCUAGGCCUGAUUCGGAGCUCGGAGGAAGGUCUUCUGUACACACAGGACCUGGCGAGGACAUAUGGGGACGUGUGCUGCUGGUGGGUGGGGCCCUGGCAUGCAGUCAUCCGCAUCUUCCACCCCACCUGCAUCAAGCCGGUGCUCUUUGCUCCAGGCUGGGCAUGGAGGGGGAGUGCACACGUCUGGCUGGGGCCCCACCUUGCCUCAAAAGGCCCUCCCCUCCCCCGCUCCAUGGCCCCUGAUGACUUAUCUCUCAUGUCAGCUGCCAUCGCGCCUAAGGACAUGGUCUUCUACAGAUUCCUGAAGCCCUGGCUGGGGGAUGGGCUCCCGCUGAGUGGUGGUGACAAGUGGAGCAGGCACCGCCGCAUGCUGACACCCGCCUUCCACUUCAACAUCCUGAAGUCCUACGUGAGGAUUUUCAAUGACAGUGUGAAUAUCAUGCAUGCCAAGUGGAAGCGCCUGGCCUCGGAGGGCAGUGCCCAUCUGGACAUGUUUGAGCACAUCAGCCUCAUGACCCUCGACAGUCUGCAGAAAUGUGUCUUCAGUUUCGACAGUAACUGCCAAGAGAAGCCUAGUGAAUAUAUUGCUGCCAUCUUGGAGCUCAGUGCCCUUGUGACAAAGCGGCACCAGCAAAUCAUCCUGCACAUGGACUUCCUGUACCACCUCACCACUGAUGGACGGCGCUUCCGUAGGGCCUGCCGCCUGGUGCAUGACUUCACAGAUUCUGUCAUCCAGGAGCGGCGCCGCACCCUCCCUGAUCAGGGUCUUGAUGACCUCCUCAAGGCCAAGGCUAAGGUCAAGACUUUGGACUUCAUCGAUGUGCUCCUGCUGGCUAAGGAUGAAGAUGGGAAGGAACUGUCAGAUGAGGACAUCCGAGCUGAAGCUGACACCUUUAUGUUUGCGGGACAUGACACCACAGCCAGCGGCCUCGCCUGGGUCCUGUACAACCUCGCGAGGCACCCGGAGCACCAGGAGCGGUGCCGGCAGGAGGUGCGAGAGCUCCUGAGGGACCGCGAGCCUAAAGAGAUUGAGUGGGACGACCUGACCCAGUUGCCCUUCCUGACCAUGUGCAUCAAGGAGAGUCUGCGGUUGCAUCCCCCAGUGACAAUGGUCUCCCGCUGCUGCACCCAGGACAUUGUGCUCCCGGAUGGCCGGAUCAUCCCCAAAGGUGUUAUCUGCCUCAUCAGCAUUUUCGGGACCCACCACAACCCAUCCGUGUGGCCAGACCCUGAGGUCUAUGAUCCCUUUCGCUUCGACCCAGAAAACACCAAGGAGAGGUCACCUCUGGCCUUUAUUCCCUUCUCAGCGGGGCCCAGGUGA